AUGACGGAGAUGGACAUAUGUCAAAGAUGCAGAACGAAUGAAACCACAGUGAUAUCGAGAAAGGAGAAAUUUUGUACAUCAUGUUUUACCAAAUUUAUAGUAUUAAAGCAACGUAAACAAAUGAUGUCAUCUGAUUAUUAUAGGGAUAUUUUCAAAAUUUUAUACAAAGAUAAAAUUAGAUCCGCUGAAGAAGCUCAUAUACAAAACUUGAAUUCAAGAAUAUUAGUACCGCUUUCCCUAGGCUCUUCCUCUUUGGUUCUUCUAGAUAUUUUAAAUAAGACGCUUGAUGAGCAAUUGGUACAGCAUCGUGGUAUUACCGGGUUUAGAGUAGAUGUUUUAGUUUGUUAUAGUAAGACAAGAGAUGAUAUUGAAGAAAUUAAUAGUAAAAUUGCUAAAUUGAAAUCAGAGAGGUACGCUUCAAAUAAAGAUAGGAUUACAUUCCAUGUAGUUUCCUUGGAUUCAUUUUUUGAAAAUUGUAACAAUGAAUUACGAAAAAUUAUUUUACAUAAUCAAACAUUUUCAUCCAUGGCAAUUGAUAUCAAGAACGAUCAGGACCAUAGUUAUGGAAUUGAUGAAUUAUUGAAAGCAUGUCCUAAUAGAUCUACACAGAUUGAUUUAUUGACUUUCAUAACGAGACAUGUAGUGAAGAAAUUUGCUUACCAACAUGAAUUUAAGGCAAUUCUGUGGGGUCAUUCAAUGACUAAAUUAGCUGAUGAAAUCAUUUCUUUGGUAGUUAAGGGUAGAGGUGAACAAAUUGCUACUAGUCUUGAUACUAAAUCGUUUGAUUUUAUCUAUGGAGGUGAUAAAUUCAAGAAUUUAUAUCCUUUAAAGGAUGUUCUUUUAGCUGAAGUGGACGCAUAUUGUGAAUUACAUGGUUUAAGUCAAUAUUUAGUUAAUUAUGAAACUAAAGAUACUUUAUUGGUGAAGAAAAAAGAUAUUACCGGUAAGAUGAAGAAUAAAAACAUUAAAUUAGUAAGAAAUAUGACUAUAAAUGAAUUAGCAAGGAAAUAUUUUGAUGACAUUGAAGGUGAUUAUUCUAACGUUAUCGCUACCGUCUUAAGAACAGGUGAUAAACUAGCUGAACCAGAAACACAAGCUGAUGCCACUACUACGGCUGCAUCAGCGGAUGAUAAAUGUUCAUUAUGUUUGGGUAAAUUACAUUCAAAUGCAUCAAAUUGGUUACGUUCCAUUGCUGUCAUUGAAGGUUUCCCAAUUGCGAAUGCUGAAGAACAAGAAUUGUAUGAUCGUUGGAGUCAAUCAGAAAUUGGUAUUGAAAUGGCCGAAUAUAUGAAAUUGAAAGAUGAUAUAUGGACACAUGGUGAAGAUAUAUUAUUAUGUUAUGGUUGUAUUAUUACAAUGAAUGGUAUCAAGAUGAAAAAUGUUACAUGGCCAAAAUUUAAUGAUAAAGAAUUAAAUGACACACUGAAUGAAUAUGUUUUAAGUGAUGCUGAAGGAGAGGAAGGAGAACCAGUCUCAGCUGAACUAUAA